AUGCCAGUCUACAUUCAUUCCACCUUUCGUGACGAAGACGGCCGACAAGUCUUUCCCAGAGGCCUCGAAUGGGAUGUCGAUGGUGAUUCUCAUCUAAGCUUUGCCGUUCCCAUUUUUGAAGAUGCCACACCCGAAAACUUGGUCCAAGCCUACAAUCGUUGGUGUUGUGCCAAGGAUUUGCCCUACAAGACGACCGAUGACAUUUUGUCCAUUGACCAACAAGGUUCGGAUCAUGUUCAUGUCAAGUGGAAAAAGGGAAAUCAUGUCGAACAAGUGGUUCUUGGAGAUUCUAUUGAAGAAUUGUUGAAAGCCGACGAAGCUACUACGGACGCAACUCAAAACAAGACGGCCGAAGUGUGGAUCAAUGGAGAAUUCCAAGGGACUCUUUCCAACGACCCUCAAGACCUCCAAGCCAUUUUGCAAAAAGUACCAAAGACGGCCAACAAACUGUGUUACAAACGUACCCCUACCAGAAUCCAUAUUGAUCGUUAUUACACCAGCUAUUUGCGCAAAAAUCAAGCCUGGGAUCAUGUCUGGGACAAUCUAGUGGCCUUGGAAGAUCCCAAGGUGCUCGAUGACCAAACCAUUAUUGGGACGGCCACACUCAGUGAUUGGAUCAUGGGUGGUCAAUUGACCAGUCGCAUGUGGAUCAAGGACAAGGGUACCUCCAUACUCUUUCAGCGUCCAUUGUACGAAGACGAUUUGGAUACCAGUGAUCGACGAUAUGAAAUCUCGGACCCGAAACGAAUGGCCAUGGUACGAGACGAAUUGACCCGAUUGCGUUACUUGGCCAAAUUGCGGCACCCCUUUGUCGCAAAACGCAUGGCCGAACGCAAGGCAAAGAAAGAAGGCGCUAUUGACAACAAGGGAGAGGAAAAGAAGGACGAGGUCAACAACUACGACGAUGAGCCAGCCGAACCUUUCGACAAGAGCAAUUUUGCGAGAUUUCUUGGAUUCUGA